AAUGGCUAUCAUACGCAUGAAAUCUGUUCCCGAAAACAUCUCUCAGGUGACAGCAUACGCAAGUUUUUAGAAAAAGUUAAGAAUGAUCCUCAUACUACACCCAAAAAAAAAAUGAAAACCAGUAUUCCCUCCCGUACUAGCGAAAUAAUCGAGACAGCAAGAGGGAUUGAUUUGGUUUUAUCCAACCAAAAUAGAGUUCAGUAUGAACUGAAUUCUGCAAGAUCAGUCUUGGGCAUACAGAAGAACAGUGAAUCCUUGGAUGAACUUGGAAAGAUUAGGAAAGAAUAUGAAGAGUUUAUCACCUAUGUUCAGGUUGCAUCUGAUGAAUACUUUGUUAUUGUUUUCAACCCUCCAGGAAUAAGUAAUUACCGCCUUCCUUUUGCCACUCAGUUUAUUAUCACUGAUGUUACUUACAAAGCUAUUUCUGGCAAGAAGUACUUUUGCUCUUCCAUUAUUUAUCUAGAAAAAGUGUUAUCUUUUUCCAGGCGGUAA